CUAAUGCUCAUAUUCCAUCGACCAAACUAGGCAUAAACAAAGCCAAAGGAGACCCUGAAUAAUGGCAGUGAGUAGAGUGGAGUUGGUUGGUCUAGUGAUGGCAUGCAUGCUCAUGACAUACUCAUACUCUGAAUCAACCUUGACAUGUGAUCAAGUGACCAUAUGGCUGAGUCCAUGCAUACCCUAUGCAGUGAUGGGAGGGAACGUGUCUGCUUUGUGCUGCCAAGGUGUUUACGAUAUCAACAAAGCAUAUAAGAAUGGAGAUGAUCGAAGAGCUGCAUGCCAAUGCAUCAAGGAUAAGGCAGCAUACAUCCCUGGCAUUAAUUACAACCGUGUCAAUAAAGUUGCUAGCAAAUGUGGCACCAAGUGUCCCUACAAAGUCUACCCUACCACCAACUGCUCAGCGGUCAAGUAAAGCAGCAAAGGGUGCAAUUAUCAGGUCUAUGGUUCACUCGUAGUAGUGGAAAGAUUAUUCUAUGAAUAUUGAAGAUAUAGUGGACAUAAUUAGAAGGAAAUAAGUGUAUUGAUCGUGUUUAACGAUCUUACCCAUGUCUUGAACUAUAUAUGUCAGCAAUAAAGACACCCCUUUAAUUAAUUUAUCA